AUGGCAGGUGAGCCCAUGAGCUCUCUCCUCCAGCAGCCAUUUGCCAAUGUCAACUAUUUCACUGAGGACGACUUUGAGCCUUUCGACAAGAUUGCGUCAGGAAGCUUUGCAAAUGUCUUCAAAGCAAAACACAAACUAUGGAGGGUGAACUUGGUUGUGAAGUGCUCCCAUUUGUUCUGUGAGGAAUCAUCUUCAUUUGAGAGGAAUAUGAGCCAUCUACUGCAGGAGGCUGCAAGGAUUUUGGAAAUAAAGUUCAAGUAUAUCCUACCAAUAUAUGGGAUUUGUACAAGACCGGCCGGAAUUGUAGUGGAAUACAUGAACAAUGGUGCUCUGGAUAAACUGCUUGUCAGGUGCACACUAACCUGGAUGAUGAAGUCUCGGAUUAUUCAUGAGAUAGCAAUGGGAAUGAACUUCCUGCAUAGUAUGAAACCACCCCUCCUUCAUUUGGAUCUGAACCCUGGAAACGUUCUGGUGGAUGAGAAUCUUCAUAUCAAGAUUGCCAAUUUUGGAUUAUCAAAAUGGGAAGAUUACUUGAGUAGCAAGGAACUAAUUGAAAGGUCUGUGAUAAGAGGAACUAUCAGUUAUAUGCCACCUGAACUAUUGAGUGGACCUUCUGGAGUCAAACAUGAUGUUUACAGCUUUUCGAUUGUUAUGUGGGAGGUCCUGACUCAGCAGAAGCCCUAUGCAGGAACAAACGCCAUGGCUGUAUUUGUUAAAGUGGUGGCAGGAGAAAGACCGUGCCUAACAUUCAUUCCAGAAAAUUCUCCACACGAGUGUGCACAGAUGGCUGACUUGAUGAAGAGAUGUUGGAAUUGGGAGUUGAAAAGGCGGCCUGCAUUCUCAGAAAUUGUUCUGGAAACUGAAAUGCUGUACAACCUGUCACAGUCUCCACAUAUUGAAAUCAACAGGCAAAUAGAAAUACCAAACCUGGCUCCUCUCCCAACAAGUAGCAGCAUCCAGAAUAGCAAAAUAAUUGCUGAUAUUGCAAACAUUGAAUUGCAGAAUAUGAAUCUGGUAUCAAAGUCUGAGGUUAAUGAUGAUCUCUCCAUUGACAGAAGGGAACUCCUGCAGCACCUACUAGAACAAAACUUUAACAACGUGAAGAAAAUAUUAAAGAAGGAACACGUUGCUAUGAACUUUGUGGAGGACUACACUUUGUUGCACAUGACUCUUUUCACCGGGGAUGUGGAACUUGUCAGGCUCAUACUGAAGUAUGGAGGCUCUGUCAAUGCUCAAACCUCCAGAGGGUUGACACCUCUGAUUAUAGCCGUACAUCAUAGGUUUGAGGAUAUCUCCAAGUUACUGAUUGAAGAGGGAGCUGAUGUGAACCUCACAGAUGAGGACAACUGGGGACCUCUGCAUUUUGCAUCUCAGAAUGGGGAUGACCGAAUUGCUCGGCUGCUGUUGGACAAAGACGCUGACGUCAACAUCAGGGAGCAUGAUGGGUGGUCUCCACUCCACAUGGCAUCGCAGAAUGCCCAUGAAAAUAUUGUCCGAAUUCUCUUCACACGCCAGGCCAGUGUCGAUCUACAGGACAGGGACAACCGCACCCCUCUACACAUUGCAGCCUAUCACGGCAAUUACAGCAUCGCCAAGCUUCUGAUUGGACAAGGAGCUAAUUUAAACAAAAUACAGGUUGGCUUCAGAACACCGAUCCAUUUGGCCGCUGAAAGGGGUUUCUUCAGAGUUGUCAGGCUAUUGGUGAACAGUGGAGCUGACGUGAACUGCCUGGAUCAUUCUCACUUCAACCCUUUGCACUUGUCAGCUCUGAACGGCCACACGGGGAUCUGUAGAUAUCUCCUGAAACAUGGAGUGAAUAUCAACCAAAGGUCCUUACAGAAUUGGACAGCCCUGCACCUUGCCUCUAUGAAGGGACAGAUCACAACCAUCCACUUGCUAAUUGAGAAUUUCUCAGAUGUUGAUGGUGGUGGUGACAGCGAGUGGACUGCUUUGCACUUGGCGACAUACUACAACCACAAGGAGGUUGUCUCAGAGCUCCUAGUCAGUGGUGCCAAUCCUGAUGCCACGGAUAUGUCAGGGUGGACUCCCCUCCAUCUUGCUGCACACAAGGGCAGACUCUGCUGUCUAGUGACGCUACUUGACCAUAAAGCCAAUGUGAAUGUUGCCAAUAGGUUCGGGUGGACCCCACUGCACUUGGCUGUGCUGAAUGGGAAUACUGCUAUAGUGAAGAGGCUGAUCAGGGAAGGUGCCAAUUUGAAAGCUGAGGACAUGUAUCAGAACACACCACUCCAGCUAGCUUUGAAACACCAGAAACAAAGUGUAGUCAAUGUACUUACAGGGGAGGAGCCAUCAAAUGACGACACCACUGACUGA